UGAAAUUGACAACAAAUUAUAUAUUGACAUAACAUAACCUCAUAAUUUUGAGAAUUGUAGUACUAGUUUGUAAAAAAACUAAAGAUGCCUAAAAUAUCGUCAUUAGUUAAUUUUAUAGCAAAACGAAACAUUUCUUUGACAGCGCCGCGGGAAGGAAAACGUAACUUUAGAAAAUUUGUUAUCGCCAACAAAAGAGGGACCCGUAUUCACAAGCAGCAACAAAUGGGUCCUAACGCACAACUAGAGGUAGACAAACGAGGGGUUCGGGAUAUAGGAUACCAACUAAAUGGUCGGUUUGUCAAAGUCCCAGAAAUGAUACCGGAAAUAAUCGUACCAAAUUUAAAAGAUUGCGAUUUGAAUCCCUAUGUUUCCUACAAAGCAGAAGAUGUCAUUCAAAGUGAAUUUACAGCACAGCAACUGUUUGACGCGGUUUAUAGCAAAAAGAUUGUUACAGACUUCAAGCAAGGUAAACUAGAUGCAGACGGUCAACCGCUAGAACCUUCAGUUGAAGAGAAAUUACAGCCAGAUGAAGCUAUUCAAAGGGCAAAGCGUACAGGCUCAGACAUAUUUUAAAUGUGUUUAUGUUAAGAAGAUUAGGCAUUGUUUAGUAUAUAGUUAAAUGUUUCUGUUAUUAAAUUGAUCAAAUUACAAA